AUGGAUAUCUAUCUAUCUGUCUAUCCUUCUACCUAUCCUCCUAUCUAUCACUGUUCAUGUCUAUCUAUGUUCAUAUCUAUCUAUCUAUCUAUCUAUCUAUCUAUCUAUCUAUCUAUCUAUCUAUCUCACUGUUCAUGUAUGUCUAUCUAUUUAUGUAUCCUUCUACCUAUCCUCCUAUCUAUCACUGUUCAUGUAUAUCUAUCUAUCUAUCUAUCUAUCUAUCUAUCUAUCUAUCUAUCUAUCUAUCUCAUUCCGUUAUCUAUCUAUCUAUCUAUCUAUCUAUCUAUCUAUCUCACUGUUCAUGUAUGUCUAUCUAUUUAUGUAUCCUUCUACCUAUCCUCCCAUCUAUCACUGUUCAUGUAUAUCUAUCUAUCUAUCUAUCUAUCUAUCUAUCUAUCUAUCUAUCUAUGUUCAUAUCUAUCUAUCUAUCUAUCUAUCUAUCUAUAUCUAUCUAUCUAUCUAUCUAUCUAUAUCACUGUUCAUGGAUGUAUAUCAGGAUAA